UUGAAAUACAAUCUCAAUAUGUUCAUAAAUAGAUUAACUGUUUCUAAUAAACUAAAAUUAAUUAAGGUUAAAUUUUAUCCUCAAAAAAUUAUCAUAUACAACUACAGCAAUGUAAAAAAACAUACAGCUUGUAAAAUAGCAGAUUUGAUUAACAGACAAAUUCAGACUGAGCAGCAGGUAGCUCAACAUUACUUAAGUCUAGCAGUCACCUUUCUCAAUGUGAAGUCACUAUAUCAUGGGGCAGGUGGCUUUUUCAUGAAAAUGUAUUUUGAAGAGUUAGAUCAUAUGCAAGGUUUUAUAAAAUAUCAGUUAAUCAGAGGAAAUAUACCAAAUAUAUGUGGAAUUGAGAAACCAAAUUUACCUGAUAACCUUCCAUUAAUUGAAGCAUUUAGAUACAGUCUUAAAAUGGAAGAACAAGUUAACCAACUUUUAGAAGAGAUUGUAACAGAAGCCAAUGAUAUCAAAGAUUACCACUGUGCAGAUUUUGUUACCUCAGUAUAUUUGAGUGAACAAAUCCAAUCAAUUAAUGAAAUUAAUCAUUAUAUUAUCAAACUUUCAUCAUUUGGUGAUGAUAUACAUGCUAUCCACAACUUUGACACAAGCUUAAUUAAGCUGUUCCCCUUUAGUAAUCGCUUAAAUUUAUCCAAAACAAAACUAUAAAUUU